UUAUUUAUUUAUUUAUUUAUUUAUUUAUUUAUUUAUUUAUUUAUUUAUUUAUUUAUUUAUUUAUUUAUUUAUUUAUUUAUUUAUUUAUUUAUUUAUUUAUUUAUUUAUUCUGUCACCUAUAUUUUAUCUGAUUUACUUAAUUAUUAAACUGUCAAUUUCGUAACAUUUUAUCUGACUAAUAAAAUUAUUUAUUUCAUUUUAAUUUUUCGGGGUAUCACAGUACCAUAUAUCAAAUUGUAGCCCUAAGCAAGGACAUUCUGAAACCACUUUGACCCGACCCAAAUCAGAAGUGGACCCCACUCAAAAAUUGCCCCAAAAUGACCAUUUAAUGCAAUUUUAACACAUUUUUUUCAACAGACAUAAACAAUUUGACAUCAAAGAAUAUCAUGCUACGUAUGGAAAUCAAUGCACGAGAGCAAUAAAAGCAUAAAUUAUUUUUUACUCAGGAAUUGAAAUUCAAUCAAAUGGACAAAUACACAACAAUCAAUUCACUCAUAAGUUCCUAUGAGAUAUUAGCUUGUAAUGAAUGAUUUAAUAAUAUAGCAAAAAACCUAUAAGGCUAUAAGGUCCUGGAUAUUUUGACCUGGAUCUUCUUGUUGGAAUUUAUUGAGAAAUAAAGCUCAAGUUUUAAUUUGCAUGGUCCUUAAGCAUUUUUAAGUGUUGUGUACAUUUUAAUGGUGUUAAGGAAUUUUACAUAUAUAAAGAAUUUUAUUAUUUUAUAAUUAUUAUUAUAAUUAUGUGCACCAAAUUAUGUACACGUGCAUUGCAGUUUCGUAUGCAAGUGUAUAUGUAUUAUAUAUAUACUCCGUAUUACAUAAAUGGAUAUCCUUUGUUUGAGUGAAUGGAAUUUUAAAGUGCUUUAUAAGUGGACGUGUUCUUUUGAACAGCCACUUUAGUUUCUUUUGGAAGAAUGCUACUUGGCCGUUUACCAAAGUACAUCUCAACUGAUUUCAGAAAACUGUCAUUUUAGGACGGGUUGCCUAUCACUUAUAAAUAGCAAAAGGACUAUGUCGAAUGGUUGAAAAAAAAAUUGAUGAUCGAUCAGCCAAUUUGAUCGUGUACUUGCCUCUACUUUAUUUUAUUAACUGCAGUAAUAAAAUAGAAGUAUUUAGACUAUUUUAUAUACAAAUCACUUGUUCGGUGUUAUUUUAUCGGUAACUAAAAUACACCAUACACUUUUUUUUUAUCCCAAAAGUUCUAUCUUGUAACCCGGUUACUGUGAUAAGAGUAGAUAGUAAACUUUUAGGAAAGCGUAUUUAAUACGUGACUAGAAGUGAUAUCCGGUCUAGCCAUAUUUUUACACCCUUAUAAUUUACUAUAUUUAUCCUCCGGUUCUAACAAUCUAAAAGUUUAAUAUUCCGAAAUUAUGGCCGCUACUCAACGUGAUAUCAACACCAAUUUUCAAAAAUUGGAAAAGUUCGAAGGUGUGGAAUUUCGAAGGUGGCAGAAAAAGAUGCAUUUUCUGCUCACUACUUUGAAGGUCGUCUAUGUGUUAAGCACCCCGAGGCCGCCCGAGGAUGAUGAAAACGAGACUUGACGCCGUAUAAAGUGGGACAACGACGACUACAUUUGUCGUGGGCACAUUUUGAAUGGUAUGUGCGAUUCUCUUUUUGAUGUGUAUCAAAAUGUUGAAUUUGCUUUGCUAAAACGUUGUGGGAAUUGCUAGAGUCUAAGUACAUGACCGAGGAUGCUUCUAGUAAGAAAUUUCUCAUUAGUAACUUUAAUAGUUACAAAAUGGUGGACUCUCGUCCGGUCAUGGAGCAAUUUCAUGAGAUUCAACGUUUAUACGAUCAACUUUUGAUACACAACAUGCAUGUCAAUGAAACCUUUGUUGUCGGUUCUAUAAUCGACAAAUUACCCCCUUCAUGGAAGGAAGUGAAAAAUAGCCUCAAACGCAAAAAGGAGGAUUUGUCAAUGGAGCAACUUGGUCGCCGACUUCAAAUUGAAGAAGGCAUUAAGUUGCGUGAAGGUGACAAUGGUAAAAAGAGAGACCUUCCAAUUUCCUGUAUAAAUGUUAUGGAGGAGGGACAGUCAAGUGGGACUAAGAAAUAUAAAAAAUGUCCCGGGAAAUUCACCAAAGGUUCCAAGUUCCAAAAGAAGCCGAAAGAUAAGAAAGUAGGCUCUUGCUGGGAAUGUGGUGGUCCACACUUCAAGAGGGACUGCCCGAAGGUGAAGAAGAAAAAGGCCCAAUUGAAUGGCCAUCCUAACUGUAACACCCCGGCCCCGUAGGACCCGAGGUUGUUACUCCAGACCUCUACGGACCUCUAGUACUGUCCUCACAAACCGCCACUAGCCUUUUACGCGCACUUUGUCCUCACUCGUGCGCGCCCUGAGAACUUCCCAGGGGGUCACCCAUCCCAAAACUACUCCCGAGCAAGCACGCUUAACUUUGGAGUUCUUAGCGGAUGAGCUCCCUUAAAAGGAGAUGCAUCUUUGUUGGUAUGAGUAGUGCUAUUAAUCCAUUUAUAUUAAAUCUCAAGUGUUACAAUCACCCCCACUUAGGAUCGCAACGUCCUCGUUGCGCCCUUGAACCAACCUCAAAUCUCAAUCAAAUCCCAGAAUCUUCCCCCGCUAAGUGCCCGCCCGAUAUCCAACGGGUCAUCACACUGUCGCGGGGUUGCUCUGAUACCACCUGUAACACCCCGGCCCCGUAGGACCCGAGGUUGUUACUCCAGACCUCUACGGACCUCUAGUACUGUCCUCACAAACCGCCACUAGCCUUUUACGCGCACUUUGUCCUCACUCGUGCGCGCCCUGAGAACUUCCCAGGGGGUCACCCAUCCCAAGACUACUCCCGAGCAAGCACGCUUAACUUUGGAGUUCUUAGCGGAUGAGCUCCCUUAAAAGGAGAUGCAUCUUUGUUGGUAUGAGUAGUACUAUUAAUCCAUUUAUAUUAAAUCUCAAGUGUUACACUAACGGUGGCCAAGACAACCAAGGUCAGAAUCUUUUUGUAGUUACAAAUGAUGUUGAUAACAACAUGAUUUUUGUAGCUAUGCUUUCUGAAAUUUGUGUUGUGCAGGAUGAUGAAUCUUGGUGGAUUGACACCGGAGCCACAAGACAUGUAUGUAAAGAUAGUCAGACUUUUAAGACUCUAAAAGAGUUGAAAGAAGUGUCGAUCUUAUACAUGGGAAAUGAUUCUACUGUGCAAAUUCAAGGAAUUGGCCAAGUAGAGUUGGAAUUAACUUACGGAAAGAAAUUAAUUCUUAAUGAUGUGUACUUUGUACCACAAAUCCGGAAAAAUCUUGUCUCCGGUGGCAUCCUAAAUAACUUUGGGUUUAAACUUAACUUUGAAGCAAAUAAGUUUAUUUUAUCUAAGGGUGGUGUAUUUGUAGGCCAAGGUUUCUAUUGUAAUGGCAUGUUCAAACUAAGUGUUGUAAAUAAAGUUGUUAAUUCCGUUUAUAUGGUUUGUGAUUCUUCUUUGUGGCACAAAAGGUUAUGUCAUGUUAAUUAUCGUAGAUUAAGUGACAUGUCUAAAGUAGGAUUAAUUCCUCCUUUUAAUGUUAACAUAGAAAAAUGUAGAACUUGCAUGUUAAACAAAAUCACUAGAAACUCUUUUCAAAAUGUUGAAAGAAAAUCCAACAUGCUUGAAUUAGUGCAUAGUGAUUUGUGUUAUUUCCAUAGCACUCCGUCUUUUGGAAAUAAAAAAUAUGUAGUCACAUUUAUUGAUGAUUGCACAAGAUAUUGUUAUAUAUAUCUUUUAUUUUCAAAAGAUGAAGCAAUGGAUAAAUUUAAAGUUUUCAAAACGGAAGUCGAGUUACAAACCGGAAAGAAAAUAAAAAGGCUUAGAACGGACAAAGGAGGAGAAUAUUAUGAGCCUAUUUUUUUGAAUCCGUUGGAAUAAUCCAUGAAACAACACCCCUUACACGCCGCAACAAAACGGCAUUGCUGAAAGAAAGAAUAGAACUUUGAAAGAAAUGGUUAAUUCCAUGUUGUCUAAUUCUGGCUUAAGUAAUGGAUUUUGGGGUGAUGCUAUGUUAACUGCUUGUUAUAUUCUUAAUAGAGUGCCUAACAAGAAAAAUAAGAUUACCCCAUAUGAACUUUGGCACAAAAGAACACCCCAACUAAGUUAUCUUAGGGUAUGGGGUUGUAGGGCAAUCGUGAGAUUACCGGAGCCUAAACGAAAAACGUUAGGUGAAAAGGGAGUAGAGUGCAUAUUUAUUGGAUAUGCCGAACAUAGUAAAUCUUAUCGAUUCUAUGUUAUUGAACCGAAUGACUCAAUUGCGGUUCACACUGUUAUUGAGUCUAGGGAUGCUCUCUUUGAUGAGAAGCGGUUCACUUCUAUUCCUAGGCCAAAGGAUGUUGAUCCCGGUCCAAGUAAUUCACGCUUACAUGAACUGGAAAAGAAUCAUGAAAAUGAGCCUGAAAUAAGACGAAGUAAGAGGGUUAGAAAAGAAAAGUCAUUUGGUCAUGAUUUCCAAUUAUAUUUGGUUGAGGGAUCAAGAGAGACCCUUGAAACUCAAACACUAUAGGGAAAAUGGAAACUAAUAAUCCAACCUUUUAGCGGUCUUCUUACAAUAGUCCCACCUUUUGAUUAUUCAUGAAUAAUCCAACCUUUGCACCUCAUCUUCAUUCACUGGUCCCUGACCGGUUGAUGACCUGCUAUUCCAAGUUAUUUUCUUAUCUUUGCAAAAUAUUAUCUUUGUGAAAUGUGAGAUUUAUGGUAUAAUGGUUUGCAAAGAUAAGAAAAUAACUUGGAAUGGUAGGUCAUCAACCGGUCAGGGACCGGUGAAUGAAUAUGAGAUGCAAAGGUUGGAUUAUUCAUGAAUAAUCAAAAGGUGGGACUAUUGUAAGAAGACCGCUAAAAGGUUGGAUUAUUAGUUUCCAUUUUCCCAACACUAUAUUGUUAUAAUGUUGAGGAGGAUCCUAACUCUUUUGAAGAGGCAAUGAAAUCUCAAGAUGCUUCCUUCUGGAAAGAGGCCGUAAAUGAUGAAAUGGAUUCAAUCAUGGGCAAUAAUACUUGGGUUCUAAGUGAUUUACCACCUGGUUGCACACCAAUCGGUAGUAAAUGGAUUUUCAAGAAGAAAAUGAAAGUAGACGGUACCAUUGACAAGUUUAAAGCUAGAUUGGUUGCACAAGGCUUUAAACAAAAACAUGGUAUUGAUUACUUUGACAUAUAUGCACCGGUAGCUAGAAUAACUACCAUAAGAUUGUUAAUUGCUUUAUCGGCUAUUCACAAUCUUGUCAUUCACCAAAUGGAUGUCAAAACAGCAUUCUUGAAUGGUGAAUUGGAGGAGGAGGUGUAUAUGAAACAUCCCGAAGGGUUUGUUGUUAAAGGACAAGAAAAGAAAGUUUGUAAACUUGUCAAGUCCUUGUAUGGUCUGAAACAUGCACCUAAACAAUGGCAUCAAAGGUUUGAUGAGGUGGUGCUGGAAAAUGAUUUUAAAAUAAACCAAUCAGACAAGUGUGUGUGUAUAGCAAAUUUAAUGAGCACGGUAACAGUGUUAUUAUUUGUCUAUAUGUGGAUGACAUGCUCAUAUUUGGCACUGAUUUGAGGCAAGUGAAAGAAACAAAAGCUUUCCUCUGUUCAAACUUCUCCAUGAAAGAUAUGGGUGAAGCGGAAGUUAUCCUUGGAAUUAGG